AUGGCCAGUGAAACUGUCUUAAUUACAGGUGCAUCAGGCUUCAUCGCCACCCAUAUCGUCGAAUCGUUCCUGCGUGCCGGUUACAAUGUCCGCGGCACAGCUCGAUCCGAAAAAACGGCCAACAAGGUCCGCCAUACCUUCCAGGAGUAUAAAGACAAGUUGAGCUUUGCCAUUGUGCCUGAUGUCGUUGCUGCGAAAGCCUUCGAUGAGGCCAUCGAAGGAGUCAUUGGUAUCAUUCACACCGCGGCGCCCUUCCAAACGGAAGUUGAGAACAAAGAACGAGAUCUGAUGCGACCUGCCAUCGAUGGAACGAUCAACCUUUUGGAUUCUAUUAAGAGAAAUGGCCCUCAGGUCCGCCGAGUCAUCCAUACGUCUUCUUUUGCCGAUAUAAUGGAUAUGUCAAAAGUAGACCGGCCAGGCCACGUAUACACGGAGGCAGACUGGAAUCCGAUGACAUAUGCAGAAGCCAUAAAUGAAAGUACUCCUGACAUGUUAUCUUACUGCUCAGGAAAGACUAUGGCGGAGCAUGCAGCGUGGGAUUUCAUGGCCACAGAGAGCCCUCCAUUUGACCUGGUCACUAUCUGCCCGCCGUACGUGUUUGGUCCGGUCAAGAACGCUACAGCAAGCCUGGUUAACCUGAACACUUCGUCUAUGGAUAUAUAUCGCCUCAUGUCACCCAUGUCAAAGCCAAGCCACGCUAUGCCACCAACUUCCGUGUGGGCAUGGGCGGAUGUACGUGACGUUGCUGAAGCGCAUCUAAAAGCCUUUGAGAUCCCCGAGGCCGGAGGACAGCGAUUCUUGGUUUCUGGAGGCAAAUACAGCUAUCAGCUAAUAGCUGAUAUUCUCCGACAUAGGGUGGCGGAAGUGAGAGAUCGCGUUCCAUUGGGUAAACCACGAUCCGGACUACACGAUGUCUAUGGCACCGAUGCAUCCAAGUCAGAGAAUGUGUUAGGGCUGAGGUAUCGUCCCUUAGAAGACUCGAUAGUCGAUGCGGCAAGGUCCCUUCUAAAGCUGGAGCAGGCGAAUUGA